UUAUUUGGACACCCUUCUCCAACCACCGCCACAGCCACCACCGCGCGGCCGAGCUCGAAUUUUAAACCCUAGGGCUGGGUUUCUGCUUCUUCCCUCCAUUUCCUCCCCGUCUCGGAAAACUUCAACCUGGUCGACGCGAAUUACGAAGCUGGUCAGGAGCUGGCUCGUAUCAAUGGCGGAGAAGGAGAAGAAUGGGCGCGGGGCGAGAAGCGACGAGAGCGAUUAUACAUCGGAGGACGAGGGGACGGAGGAUUACCGGAGAGGAGGUUACCACGCGGUGCGGAUUGGAGACACUUUCAAGGACGGCUGCUAUGUUGUGCAGCGCAAGCUCGGGUGGGGCCAUUUCUCCACCGUCUGGCUUGCUUGGGAUACUCUCCGAUCGCGUUAUGUAGCUUUGAAAGUCCAGAAGAGCGCUAAGCAUUACACUGAAGCGGCAAUGGAUGAGAUCAAGAUCCUCCAACAGAUAGCCGAUGGUGACCCGGAAGACAAGAAGUGCGUGGUGAAGCUUCUUGAUCACUUCAAGCACUCGGGGCCAAACGGGCAGCACGUGUGCAUGGUCUUUGAGUACUUGGGAGAUAACCUCUUGACGCUUAUUAAGUACAGUGAUUAUAGAGGAGUUCCUCUCCACAUGGUUAAAGAACUUUGUUUCCAUAUCUUAGUGGGUCUGGACUAUCUGCAUCGGCAACUAUCUAUUAUCCACACUGAUUUGAAGCCAGAGAAUAUCUUGCUUAUGUCCAUGAUCGAUGCGAGUAAAGAUCCGAGGCGUUCAGGGGCUCCGCUUGUUCUUCCGAGUGGAAAGAAUAAAAUUGAACCGGCAUCUCCUACGGUAACGGAUGGCAAGAAUUUGAAUGGGGAUUUGACCCGGAACCAGAAGAAGAAGAUCCGAAAGAAGGCCAAGAAGGCAGCUCAAGGGCGUGUUGGGAAGGAAGUUCUUGAGGAAAAUGAGGAAGGUUCUGGAGCCUCAAGCCCCAGAAAUACCAGUAAUAUUGAGUGUUUAGGUAACGACGAUGCUGAAGGGAAAACAAGUAAUUCUUCGAAUAAGGAUGGAGCCGUGAAGAGUGAUGAAGUGAAGGAUGGCGAUCAUGGAAGUAGGAGUCGUAGAAGGGGGAGCCAUGCCACGAGGCAGAAGCUUUUGGCCGAGCUCGAUCUCAAGUGCAAGUUGGUUGAUUUCGGGAACGCUUGUUGGACCUAUAAACAGUUUACAAGCGAUAUACAAACAAGACAGUAUAGGUGCCCUGAGGUUAUCCUUGGCUCAAAAUAUUCAAUUUCAGCUGAUCUAUGGUCCUUUGCUUGUAUUUGCUUUGAGCUUGCUACUGGCGAUGUCCUUUUUGAUCCCCACAGCGGGGAGAACUACGAUAGGGAUGAGGAUCACUUGGCACUCAUGAUGGAACUCCUUGGAAUGAUGCCACGGAAGAUUGCCUUAGGUGGCCGGUAUUCUCGAGAUUUCUUCAACCGAUAUGGCGAAUUAAGACACAUUCGUAGAUUACGAUUCUGGCCCGUCGAGAAGGUUCUCAUGGAAAAGUACGAUUUCAGCGGGCAAGACGCUAAGGAUAUGUCUGACUUUCUUGUUCCUCUACUGGAUUUCAUGCCUGACAAGAGGCCAACUGCUGCUCAAUGUCUCACACAUCCCUGGAUAUCUGCUGGGCCAAGGCUUCUUCAGCCUUCAGCGGCCGAUACUCAAGUAAAGUCCUCUGAUGGGAAUAUUUCAGGGGAGGCAAAAGAAAAGAACGACAGGGAGGCGAUGGAAGUUGGGCUGGGGAAUAUAGAAAUCGCUGGGACUCCAAAGUCAGCAAAGAAAUGACAACCCAUUGGAAAAUCGUAAAAUGAAAACGAAGCUCAUCCACCAAGUGUUUUUCUCGAAUCUCGAAUUGUUCUGUUGCAAUUUUGUCAUCUGUUUGAUUCUUUGGACGCAAUUGAUGUCAUUUGAUGACCCCUUACCUUGGUGGAGUAUAGUGCGAUGUGGGGAGGGGAGCACUUGUCCACCCAGUUUUGAGUAGUUGGUCGGCUCUGUUCUGUACGGUUGAGGAACUGAUACGAUCCAUUUGCUGUAAUCUGUAAUAUGGCCUUCAUUGUAAGAUCUGUUUCUUGACUAUCGAUGUUCCAUCCCUCAUGUCAGGUUCUUUUU